UCCUAGGUUGAUAGAGAUGCAACAAACCGUUAAUAAUGUAACAAAAAUUUAUUGAUAACGAAAACAUCAAGAAACAAAACAUUAUGUUUUUAUUGAAUACAAAAACAUUUAUUUUCAACUAAAUAUAGUCUUUAUCAAUGAUUUAGUGUGUUCUUAUUAAAAGUUACUAACACAGUUUUAUUGAAUACAAAAACAUUGAUAAUAAAGUAUAAAAAUAAUAACGUCAUAAAGAGUUUUAUUAACAAUUCAUGUAAAAGUUGAUAAUAACGAUUAUUAAACAUUUGAUAAUGAAAACUAUAUGUGCACACAUGACAUGAUGUUACUCAUUAAUGAAAAAUUGACAACGUUAAAUAUAAUCACCAAACAAGUCUAAUAAACAAUUAAGGGUAAUGUCUAUUUUUUAUCCAAACCUUUUUUAUAUUCUUUUAUAUUAUCCAACCUAUCGAAAUACUAAGAAUUAGCCAAAUGCUAACUUUCAGUUAGCAAUUUUGUUAGUAAUAUUGACUUGGCAAACAUGAUACUGACUGGGAAGAGGGCAUAAGGGGCAUGAUGACUUGACGUCAUCCUCACCUUCCUCCAGCUUAUCACCGGCAGUCUGCUCAGGGUUCCAAACUCAACGGUGGAAACUAAACACGAGGGUUACACAUGAAUGUCAACAUUCCAAAAAUUUAGUAUUUUAACUAAGAAAAGCGUUACAAAAUUAUGGGCUAAUACCACUACAACACCUGAACUAUCCGGAAAAUGCCACUUGUGUCCUAUUGUUUCCAAUAUUCCAUCUGUAUCUUGAACUAUUAUUUCGUUAGUGUUGACCGGCGUUGACCGUUAGUAUUUAACAGAAAAUCCAGUCAGAGUUGACGUGCCGUCUGACUUGGAAUUUUCAUUUAUUUUUCCAUCUAAAAUUAUUAAAAUAAGCAAAACAAAAUAAAAAAUUAUGGAAAAUUACAAAAAUAAAACAAUAACUCAAAUCAAUUCACUUUCUUUCUCUCCAACUUCUGAAGAAAAAUCCGCACCUUCUCUCCAAAACUUCAAUCAACUGCAUCCGAUCCGUCGUUCGUCGCCUAAUCUCCAACCGUCCUUUUCCUUUGAUCUCCGAUGAACCCCCAUAGACGACCCUGCUUCUCUAGCCCUUUCUCUCUCCACAGGUCUGUCUCUCCUCUCCUACACGAUUCCCCUGUUUCAAUGGAAUGGAGGUGGAGGAAGACACAGAGAAGCUGGCGGAGUGAGGAACGCAAGGGUAGGAGGAGUAGUUGGGCUGGAGCGCCUUCGCUGCUGCUGGUUUCUUCGCAGUGGAAGUAAACUGGAGCGGCGCCUUCAUCUCUUACUCAACUGGAUCUAUCGGCGCUCAUCGUCGAUGAUUUUGCGGCGGCGGGUUAUGAUCGAGCUAACUUCAGAUCCAUUGUCUGGUGUUUAAGGUGAUUUGGGAGAUUUUCCUGGUGGAUGUUGAAAAUGAAACGCAGAUCUAGAUCUGUAGUGGUGUAACCAGAAGAACGAAAAGUGGAAGGAAUUUUUCGAACUGGGAAAUCUUUUAGGGAGCGAGAGGUGAAUCGACAUUCGGUUUGGGACCUUCAGCUUGGAAGGCAUAUAGAUGGGAGUUUGAUCUUGCGUAGGUGGUCAUUGGUGGAGCCGCUGUGCCGGGAGGUUUUCCUCGCUCUUGCUGGAGAUUGGAAUGGGGUGAAUGGUUUGGAACAAAGCUCUCCAAAGUUGUGGUCGAUUGCUGCUACCGCGACGACGGAAGCGAGGAGGAAAGGAGGCUGACUCGCGACGGAAGGGCGAUGAAUCUGGUGACGGAUUCACAGCUCCUUUCUCCAGCUACAGGUCCCGGCGAGUUGCAAUUCUCUCAGACGCCAAUCCCGUCCAGAUCCCCAAACUCGAAAUUAGGGAUUGCAAACAAAGGUUGAGCUGGCGGAACAAUGUUUGCAGCAGUGGCUCCGGUGGCGGCUCUUCCAUCCGCUUAUCCUCAGGAGGCUCCGGUGGUGGUGGCGCAACAUUGUUUGCAGCAGUGGCUCCAGUGGUUGAGGAUGCACAUUUUGCAGUCGAAAGAAGAGGAGGCGGAGGCGGAGAGAAGAUAUUAGGUUGAAAAAUAAUAUUAAUUUUAGGUUAAAAUAAUAUUCUAGAAUUUAAAGUUUUUUCAAUUUUUUAUUUUCAAAAUUUUAUUUAAUUUAAAUUAAAAAUGUGAGGUGUCAAUGACUUGGCAUUGCCACGUAAGCAAAAGUCAAUGUUAAGUUGACCGUCGUUUGGUCAACUGUUAUCUUUAACGGUCAACACAAUUGGUAGGAUACAAAUGACACAAAAUAUAAUAGUUCAGGACACAGAUGGAAUAUUGGAAACAAUAGGACACAAGUGGCAUUUUCCGGAUAGUUUGAGUGUUGUAGUGGUAUUAGCCCCAAAAUUAUUAACGAUAACGUAAAAAUGGCUAAUAUUUUGAUGCAUUAUAAAAGAUUUGGUUAAUUAAUAGCAUUUUAAUAGGUUUGGAUAAUAUAAAAGAUUCUGAAAAAAGUUUGAAUAAAAAAUAUACAUUACCCAACAAUUAUGACAACAUUUUGGGAGCUUAUUACUAAUAGUAUCAAUAAUGAUAAUGUUGUGAAUCAACUCAAUAAUAUAAUUGUAAAGAAUCAAUACGUAUAUUGAAAUUGUUAAUAAUGAUAAUGUAUAGUAAUAAUGAUUUAUUUCAUAAACGUUGAUAUUUUCAUUGCAAAAAGUUAAUAUUACAUUGCAAGUUGUCCCGAAAUGAGAGAGCAGAUUUUUAAUUUUUAAUUUCUAUUUUAAAAAGGGGGAAAUUAUUAAGUUCAAUUUUUAUUAAAUAUUAAAAUCUAAUUAAAUUAAUUUCGGGUUUCCUUUUAAUUAUAACGGAGAGAGAGGAUUAUGGAGAAAGUUAUGAGAGAAAAGAUAAAGAAAAUAAUCAAUUAUUAAUAUUAAUUAUAUUUGAAAUACUCUAUUUAUCCUCAACUACCUAUUAACUAUUAACUCAUUAUUAACUAUCUAAUCCACUAUCAACCAAUAGAAUGACUUAAGUAAUAUGCUCAAACUUUUGGGUCUAAGUAAAGGAACUAGGGGUGGGCAAACGGUUCGGUAAACCCGAACCGAAACCGAAUUAAUGCUAUUCGGUUCGGAAUUCGGAAGGAAAAUAUGAAUAGUUCGGAAAUCAGGGUUCUUUCAACCGAACCGAAUUUCUGAAUUUCCGACCGAAAAACCGAAAUACUAUAAUUGCAAGCUCCAAAUGGUGGAUUUUUAUGUUUGUGGUUGUUUUUAGACUUAAAUAUUUGAAAUGUUUUAUGACUUAUGUGUUGAAAAGUUUGGUUUUAUCAUUGAUGAUGCAUAUAAUUGAUAUUUAUUGUUUAUAUUAGGGGUGAAAAAUGAUUUAAAAGUGAGAAAAUACAAGUAGCUUCACAAAUUUGGUUUUGUGUGAAAAACCAAACGAACCGAAUUAUAGUUCGCUUUAAACCGAUCGAACCGAAUUAUAAUUUGGUUCGAAUUCGGUUUGAGGUUUGGGAGAAUUCGAGGACCCGGUAUUCAUAAUUUCGGUUCGGUCGAAACCGAACCGACCGAAUGCCCACCCCCAAUGUAGUCAAAAUCCCGAUUUUAAUCUUAAAAUCUUACAAUUUUACGAUCUUACCUAUGGGUUCCGAUCAUGAUUUUAUUGUAAAAUCUUUGAACCUUAAAAUCCCAUAAAAUCCCGAUUUAGAACUCUAAAAUCCUUAAAAUCUACGAUUUCUACGAUUUUGUACGAUUUCAAGGUUCACAUCAAUUGGAGCAAAAUGAGGCUGGUCAAGUCCGGUUCUGCCCAUAAACCAAGUCAAGUUUACUUCUCACGACCCAACAUAAUGAACAACGCAACCCUAACCCAAUAGACAACACUCAAUUUAUUUUCAUUAUCUUCAUCGUAUCUUCCUCUUUCGCAUGUCGACGCCCAACUCUUUCCUUCAACAAUAUCUUCCACUCUCCCAAUUAGCUUGUAGGUUUUUCCCACCACCCUCACAAAAAUCCAAAUCUCCAUUCCAUUGCAAUCUUUCGUUCAUCUCUCAAUCCUUCAGCAACACUAUCCCCAACCUUUUAUCAAUUAAGAAGAGAAUGCACC